AUGGCCAGAUACAGCUCCGGAACUGGAGAAGAGCAGGAGGAUGCGGCUGCAAUAGAUCGUUACCGUGCAGCCAAGAACUUCCGCCGCCGAGUUGACGGACGUGUUCUGCUCCAUGGGAAGGAUAGCGACACGUGGCUCGAGGCCAAGCUCGACGGCUACGUUGAAGGUUCCCUGCUGCUGCUGGGCCAGGACGGCUUGGUGUACUACUUGGUUUCGGAGGAUCUGAAGCAGAUUGAUCUGAGUAACGACCAGUUGGUUGGGCAGCUGUUCGGGGAGGGCGGCUGGGAGAAGCUCAUGCAGCCGCUGUACACGCAGAUUACGGGAGGGGAGCUAAAGCACGUACGGAUGACGCCUCAACAGUUUCGGAGCAUCUUCACGGUGCUGAGAGAGGCGCCGCCACCGACCCCGACGGGGCGGCUAUGUGGCCCACGGCCUGCAGGGGCACGACACACGGCAGCCCCCGGGGGUCCUUUUCCAGCACGUCUUGGGCGCUGCUGCUCCCUCCUUGUGUUUUCGAAGGUCUGCAGUCCGGAGGUGGAUGAGGGGGUGGGAGGUGGAAUAUCAGUCAAACGCGAUCGUUGCGUAGCGUUGCGCGGUGGUGUAGUGUGUUGUGGUGCCAACCGCAUGUGGGACGUUUCUUUUGGAAAUAUGUUUUUGACGGUCGUGAAAAGAUUGGAGUCAGCACAAUCGCAGUGCUGUUGUUUGUUGUGGCAUCUCCUUUCACGUGCUGCAUGCAGCUGUAUUGUAUGUGCAGCGCGGACAGGCUGAAAGUUUGGUUUCUGGGUUUUGUGUGUGCUGCUUUAUAUUUGCACGUGCACAUCAUUUGUGUGCGUUCGUGCUUGUUUGCAUGAUUUGUUGGCUUUUUUGGUUUCCUUUUGUUUUGUUUGUUUGCCCGCCAGUGCUUCGUACUUUUGGAUUACUGCUGCUGCUUUUUUUACGCUAUUCUGCCUUUUUUUACGAUUUCGAGAAUAAAUUAAGCAGACAUGUCCUUCGGAAGGCUACCGACGAGCUUUGUGAGGUAGAUGCGGUAUUAGCGCGUUUUAACCUUCAGCGGCAUGGAUUCGCAGUUUCACAGGUUUUCCGCAGGCUAUUGGUUAGUGGGUGGUUGGGUUGGUCAUGCAAUGUUUUUUUCUGUUUUUUUUGUUUGUUGGUUGUUGGGCGGGGGGCCGUAGCGCGACGCGCGUGUAAUGUUGGCCAUAC